GUCAGAAGUAACUGUACAGACAAACUAAGGGGAAAUAUUUCUUCGAUUCCUGUAUAAAAGCAAAAUCAAGAUGAGGAUGGAAGAAAUUUUGUCCCGGGUAAUUUUCCCUUUAGCUUGAUGGUUUCCAACCCUUAAAAAAAGAGGUAAAACUCCAUUAAAAGCCCCACUUCCAAAGAAAGAAAGAGGGCAAAACUAGGUUAUCAUAACUGGUGGGCGAGUGGGAAGCAGGGACCUCAAUAGCUACAAAAACAAUGCAAGAACAUAAAAGGUAAAAGAGAAGAACCAGCAGGGACAGGUUCGUUAUAUUCGAUAUCCAAUCCAAGAGAAGCAGCCAAAGCCGCAGCCGCAGCUGACUGCCAUCGCAGCCGCAGGUGGAUCGCCACUCUGUCACUACACAUUGAUGCUAUAGCCGGGGACCAAAAGAAGCUUAAAGCACUGAUAGUGCUGAACCGAAGAGUCAGGCUAUUUGAGUUUUGUGGAAUUUAUAGGCCGGGUAGAGAUAUACAAGAAGGUGAGUUUUGUGUAAUUAUUCCAACUGGGAACCUAAGAAAUUGGUUUCUGAUGAUUAAUAAUUAGAGCAAAGAAAGUUCCUUGUUAAGUUCUAGUUAGGUUUUUAUUGUUUUCAGAUAGUUGGCAUCUCUCUCUUUGACAUAAAAAAGGGAUCUUUUUGUGUCUUUCGCAUGCUUGAUCUGAGGUGCAGAGAUGAUUGAUUCACUUUGAUUGAAACUUUGAUAGGUGGGAGAGUAAAAUACCUUGCUACUUGAAUCAUUCAUUACUUCAACAAAGAUUUUGGUACAUGUGAAUGGGAAGCGUUUGCUGCUUCCCACAAUUCACUUGCUUGCUCUGCAGAUCAGCUUAUAAUUUUGCCUAAGGUGUACUUGACUUGCCAAAAAGUGAGGAUUUCGCAAGGAGAAGAGAGAAUCAUUGUUCUAUAAUGGCAGCUUCUGCAAAACUCCCUGUUGCUGACAAGCACACCAAAAAUGAAGACUGGACAGUUGUGUUACCUCGUCGAGGUAAAAGGAGGACAUGUUCCCGGAGAAAUAGUACUCCAGAAGCUAAACAGCAGCCAUGGGUGCCAACUGAGCUUGAAUCAGAUCCAGAUAGAGAAUUGAAGUUGAUACAAAAGAUGGAAAUCUGUAUCAAGAAAGUUGAGAGCUCUCAAUUCUAUCAGAACUUUUUGGAGCUAGUUGAAAAUCCUGACAUCCUGAAUUCUUUUCACAAGGUUCUGGGCUUGGAACUGGAGAUGCCGAUGGUGAUAUAUGGAAUUGGCAGCAUUGAAUCAUAUGAAACCCCUCGAUUUCAGCUUAGCCUUGCAGUCUUGAUGAAGAGGAAGUUCAAUUGGAUUGGGGACGUGGAGGUUUUUGAUCCAAUUCUUUCUGCAACGGAAUCUCGGGUUCUGGAAUCCCUUGGUUGUUCUGUUCUAUCUGUAAAUGAGCAAGGUCGCAGACGGGCUACAAAGCCAACACUUUUCUAUAUGCCACAUUGUGAGGCAGAGUUGUACAACAAUCUCUUACAGGCAAACUGGGAGUUGGAACCGCUGAAUCAUAUUGUAUUAUUUGGAAAUAGCUUUGAGAUGUAUGAGUUCUUGUCAGAGAUUAAGAACUCCUUUAUUGUUGAUUCAACAGGGCAUAUUUUGGCAGCUCGAAAAUUCACAGAUGAGCAUGCACUCAAGAUAGCUUCGGAUGAUUAUUUUGCUGCUUUCCAUGAUUCAAGCUGGCAUUUCUUCAGCCCUGCUCUUGAUACGGAGCUGCUGCUAGUUAAAAAUCAAUUUGUAUGCACGUAAUGUGCUUCAGAAACUGCAUCUUAUUUGAAACUUGAUAUUUUUUUGGAUAGUUCAAUGGAAAUGGUCAAAAUGUGUGUUUUCGCUGCA